GCUAGUUAGGGUCUACUAGCUACUUAUUAUUAAUAGCUAUAAGAGCCACUGCUUAGUGGCUUUCCAAGAUCUCUGCAGAGAGAAGAAGAUAAUCACUCUCUGUAUGCCCCCGCACUUGUCGCACCUGUUGCAGCCACUUGACGUCGCCUGCUUCUCGCCACUAAAGCGCCUGUAUAUUAACAAGGUUUUAGCCUUAGCACGCAGUUAUAUCUACUAUAUUAACACAGAAACCUUCCUGCUAGCCUUUAAAUUAGUGUUUAGUAAGGCGUUUAUUAGAGAGAACGUUCACGCAGGCUUUAGAGGUGCUAGGCUAGUCCUACACAACCUAGAGGUGGUGUUAUUAAAGCUUGAUAUGCGCCUGCGCACGCCAACGCCACUAAAACCAAGCAACGUUGCCUGGGAGCUAAAGAUACCACACACUGCUUACAAAGUAGAGGAGCAGUUAACUCUAAUUUAAAAGCAGAUUUAAAUCUAUUUAGGGUCUCUAGCAAGUUUGUUAGAUAAGAAGGUUAAACAGUUAGUAAAGGGCGCUUAGUAGAUAGCUUAUAAUAUAGUGU